AGUUUCCAAUCAUGCCGGAGGUUGUGAAAGCGCCCAAGAAGGGCUCCAAGAAAGCCGUCUCCAAGGCCGUCAGCAAGAGCGGCAAGAAGAAGAGGAAGACCAGGAAGGAGAGCUACGCCAUCUACGUGUACAAGGUGAUGAAGCAGGUGCACCCCGACACCGGCAUCUCCUCCAAGGCCAUGGGCAUCAUGAACUCGUUCGUGAGCGACAUCUUUGAGCGCAUCGCCGGUGAGGCCUCUCGCCUGGCUCACUACAACAAGCGCUCCACCAUCACCUCCAGGGAGAUCCAGACCGCUGUGCGCCUGCUGCUGCCCGGCGAGCUGGCCAAGCACGCUGUGUCUGAGGGAACCAAGGCCGUGACCAAGUACACCAGCUCCAAGUAAACCUGAUGUAGACCACCAACACAAAGGCUCUUUUAAGAGCCGCCCACCUCUUCUAAAGACCUUUUCCUGAUGCUUUUUCUCAAUAUUGAAAUUAAUAAAAAGUAUCAAAAGCUUGUAAUGGUGUUAAAACUAUAAUAAUUGUAGGUUGCUCACAGAUUCUAACUACUUUAAAACCGUAAGGGUUUUCAUAAGCAAUUGCCACCUAAUUACAAACUCCUGUACCUCCUGUCUGAUUCAAUGCUUCUGGUUUGAGGUGUAUUUAUCGAGAAC